AUGUGUUUUCGUCGCCAUCAAUUUGGGCUGCAAUUUCCGCUGCUGUUGUUGCUGGUGGCACUUGUUGCCGGCAAAACGAAAACAUCCGCUGUGCAGGAGGACAUUGGAGACUACAAGGACUUUAAGAAACUGCUGCGCACCAAGAACAACGUUUUGACCCUGUACGUGUCCAGCGCUAAGGAGGCUGCCGCGGAAUUGAAGGUGUUUCGGGAAGCGGCGGAAGCGAUUCGUGGUACAGGAACCAUGUUGUAUGUGGAUUGUGGCAAUCAGGAGCGUAAGAAGCUCUGCAAAAAACUGAAGGUGACGCCCGCACCGUAUACACUGCGUCACUACAAGGAUGGUGACUAUCACAAGGACUACGAUCGGCAGCUGACUGUUGGCUCCAUGAUCACAUUUAUGCGCGAUCCCGCUGGCGAUUUGCCCUGGGAAGAGGAUCCCGCCGGUUCGGAUGUGUUGCAUUUCAAUGAUGCCGCCACAUUCACCAAACAUAUGCGCAAGGACAUACGGCCCAUGCUCGUCAUGUUCCAUGUGCCGUGGUGCGGCUUCUGCAAGCGCAUGAAGCCGGACUACAGCAAAGCUGCAACGGAACUCAAAGCCCAAGGUGGAUAUCUGUUGGCCGCCAUGAAUGUGGAGCGCCAGGAGAAUGCAGCCGUUCGCAAGCUGUUUAACUUAACUGGUUUUCCAACCUUAAUUUACUUCGAGAAUGGCAAGAUGCGGUUCACCUAUGAGGGCGAGAAUACUAAGGACGCACUGGUUGCCUUUAUGCUGAAUCCGAAUGUCAAGCCAACGACUAAGCCGAAGGAACCCGAUUGGUCGGCUGAUACAAACUCGGAAAUUGUGCACCUGACAACGCAGGGCUUUGAGCCGGCACUUAAGGAUGAGAGCUCGGUGCUGGUCAUGUUCUAUGCACCCUGGUGUGGCCAUUGCAAACGCAUGAAACCGGAGUACGAGAAAGCCGCACUCGAGAUGAAGCAAAGCAAUGUGCCGGGCGUGCUAGCCGCACUGGAUGCCACCAAGGAACCGUCUAUAGGCGAGAAAUACAAGGUUAAAGGCUACCCAACUGUAAAAUACUUUGUCAAUGGUGUCUACAAAUUCGAUGUGAGCGUACGCGAAGCGUCCAAAAUCGUUGAAUUUAUGCGAGAUCCCAAAGAGCCACCACCACCGCCGCCGCCAGAGAAGAGCUGGGAGGAGGAGGCGGAGAGCAGUGAGGUGCUCUUCCCCAAUGACGAAACUUUUACGUCGACACUGAAGCGCAAAAAACAUGCACUGGUCAUGUUUUAUGCACCAUGGUGCGGGCACUGUAAGCAUACAAAGCCGGAGUUUACGGCCGCUGCGAAUGCGUUGCAGGAUGAUCCGCGCGUUGCCUUUGUUGCCGUCGAUUGUACCCAAUAUGCGGCAUUGUGCGCCAAAUACAAUGUACGCGGAUAUCCCACCUUAAUAUACUUUUCAUACCUCAAAACUAAGCUGGAAUACAAUGGCGGACGCACCAGCAAAGAUUUCAUUGCCUACAUGAACAAUCCGCCCAGCGGAAAGGAGCACACCGAACUGUGAUCAGCCUCAACAUACACCUAUCAAAUCUCUAUCUCUCCCUCGAUCAAUCUCCGUAAUCUGUAUUAAUUUUAUAUUUACAAUUUCUUUCAUAUAUAUUGUAAAAUCCCUUGCUAAGUAUAUUUCUAAUCUGCUAUUUUAUUGGCUGUAAUACUAUUGAAAAUUGAUUUAACUCAUUAAGAAUUUAACUAACUCAAAAGUUGAUUUUCUUCGAUAUAUUUGCAAGGGUAUCUAAACUUCGGCAAUCCGAAUGAAAUCUUAUAUAGUAAACUGUGUUUAUGAAGCAAACGCGAUUAAAAUAACUAAAACGGAACAAAAUGUUGGCAAAAA